UACGUCUGUGCAUUGCGAUUGCUGUACGUGAGUGUGAUGAGAAAGGUGACUUGGGGCGAGUGACAUUGGGAGAAACAAAUGAGUGUGUAGGAAAAUCAAGAACAACUGUGAAAUAGACGUCGCUAUCAGCAGCAGCAGUGCCAACAAUAUUUUCAUGAAAUGGUGUGUGUUGGAAGAGUCGAUGGAGCACUGGUACUUCGGGCCACUGCUCUCCUGAUCAUGCUGUUCACUGCACGGACUGCGGGGGAGGUACAGCAUGGCGCUGCUGGUGUGUGGGAUGCAGAUACCGUUGUGAAUCUGCUACGUGAAGAGGGCAACAAAUGGGCCAAUGCUUACUUGCCCACCGCCGUCUCCCCGACCAGCCCGUGUGGACGAGCUCUACAGGCCAUGUUUGAUUCCCUCACUGAUAACACAACUUCAUGGGCAGCAAAAAUGGUGGAUGCGUGGGGCAAGACGAGUGAUGGUAUUUCCUUUGGCAAUUGGAUGUACACUGGAAUUUAUGACGAAUGUCUGUCAGCUACCUCACCUAACGAGAAGUUGCGUGGAAAGUACUGUCAGGUGUUCACACAAGUUAUUGAGGAAGAGACAAAGGAAAAGAGAGAGCCAUUAUCUCUCACUCAUUUGUCUCCCAUCCCGCGUCUGACUCCCUCACUUCGACACGCCAACAAAGAACCGCAGACCAUCAUUGACAGGUUCACCGAUGCUUCUGUUCAUUAUGGAACGUGUAUGCCCGACGUGUGCAGUGAGGAAGAAUUGUUUCUAAGUGUUAAUCUGCAAAACAUGAUUGGCACAAAUAUGAUCGCACUGGUCUCUUGCUCCAAUGAAGAACCCGGACCACACUUUACUGAUGCUGAUGUUGGUUUCACGGCUCUACUUACAUUCCUCGUGGUGCUCAUUGUGUGUUCCUCAGUCGUCGAUAUAUUCCUGAGCUACACUGGCAACAAUGUCCUACGGAAAGGUGCUCUAAGGUACUUGUUAGUGUUCUCUGCCUACACCAAUCUCACCAAGAUCCUACAAGUAAACCCAGUUCCCUCACCCGGUACAAUUACUUGCCUGCACGGAAUGAGGGUGCUGUCUAUGACGUGGGUUUUGUACAGCCAUCAGCAAGGCACAGCACUCUUCAUCACCGCCAAUUUAUUAGAUGUUGGCAAGUGGGCAGAGGGCCUAGUAGCGCAGACUAUAACAAACGGGUACCCAAGUGUGGAUACGUUUUUCUUCUUUAGUGGACUGCUUGUGACCUACAGUAUCCUUCGCGAGCUUGGUAGGAGAGGAAGAUUUAACAUAGCUCUGUACUUCAUUCACAGAUUUAUACGACUCAUCCCUCCCAUCGCCAUAGUGGCAGGAAUGAUGGCCACUGUGAUGAGAUUUUUUGCCUCCGGUCCAUAUGCUAUCAUAUGGAACACUCAAUGGCAAAGGAACUGUAUGAAGUACUGGUGGAAGGAUAUUGUGUUCAUCAAUAACUUCAUGUACGAGGAAGGAGAUUGCUUGGCUCAGGCGUGGUAUGUAGCCGUUGACACCCAGCUAUAUUUCAUUGCGCCCCUUGUCAUUCUUCCACUCUUCUUUUAUGAAGCAAAAGGCAAGGCAUGGCUGUUAAUCGUCACCGUGGUCUCCGCCGUCAUUCCCGCGGCUAUAAUCUACGCACGCGACUAUCCCCCGACGAAUUUAAUGUAUGGACCAGAAGGAAGCAGUGAAUAUUUCAAGAACAUUUACUUGACCCCGUGGUGCCGCGCUGAGCCCUGGGUGGCCGGAGUGUGGCUUGGAUAUAUAUUUUACAAACAAGGAGACAAAAGACUGAAGAUGAGUCCGCUGUUAGUGACGGUGGGGUGGACCGUCGCCAGCCUGACAGGCCUGCUCGUGGUGUAUGGCAUGUACAGCUACAACAGCAUUCUGCACCCUGUACCUUACGAAGUGAUGACGCAGAUCGUGUACGGGGGAGGGCAUCGCCUGGCCUGGGGAGCUGUCCUUGCCUGGCUGGUGCUCGCUUGUCACAAUGGAUAUGGAGGUAUCGUCGAUGACUUCCUCUCUCAUCCAAUCUGGCAACCAAUCAGUCGCCUCACCUACAGUAUUUACCUGGUGGCUUUUCCCAUGCAGUUCCUACUCGCGUAUAACCUGCGUGUCGCCUCUUACUAUUCUUAUAUCAACAAGAUAAUCGAAACGGUCGGGGCGCUAGUUGUGGCCUUCCCCGUCGCCGUGCUGGUCUCCUUGAUGGCCGAGUCCCCGGUCAUGGGAUUGGAGAGGCUGCUGCUGAGGCCUGGUCCCCGGCCAGCAAACACUCGUGCUCCCGCUAAUAACACCGCGAAACCCUGCAAUCCUCCAGAGCCAGGCAGCACCGAGCUCACCGGGGGCCGCCACAACCCAGCCUUUAUCCCGGAAAACUCUGUGGCGGCGGGACAGAAGUACCACGCAGUUGAAAUGAACAGCGAACACGAGACGCAAAAAAGGAAUGCAGAGAAAGCGAACGUCACGCCUCUGUGAUUUAAUACCGACUUCUUCCACUUACAAUAUUUUUACUGUUCUCGAUAACUGUCACUAAUGUUGUUAUUGGUAUUAUUUUUAAUAAUAAUAAUAGUUAUAACAAUAAUAAUAAUAAUAAUAAUAAUAAUAAUAAUAAUAAUAGUAAUAAUAAUAGUAAUAAUAAUAAUAAUAAUAAUAAUAAUAAUAAUAAUAAUAAUAAUAAUAAUAAUAAUAAUAAUAAAAUAAUAAUAAUAAUAAUAAUAAAUAAAUAGAUGAAAUAA